GAAGUGAAAUUCCUUGGAGCAUUUCUCUUCACUAUACCAAACGCGGUCAAGAUGGGCUCUUCCUUUAUUACGAAAUUUCUCUUGCUCAUGAUGUGCUCAGCAUCUUUCAUACUAACAACUUUUGCUUUUAAUUCUUCAUCUAAUACUCCAACUUUGAACGCUACUCAUAUUUCUUCUCUAAAAUCCUUAUGCAACUCCACUCCAUAUCCAGAAUCCUGUUUCAACUCACUCAAAUUAUCAAUCUCCAUUAAUAUCAGCCCAAACAUCUUAAACCUUCUCCUCCAAUCUCUUCAAUCAGCCUUAUCCCAAACAGGACAUCUCACAACUUUAUUCUCAUCAGCUGGAGGCUCAAAUCUUGUCGAAAAACAAAAAGGUAUCGUUCAAGAUUGCAAAGAGCUUCAUCAAAUUACAAUAUCUUCAAUAAAGAAAUCACUCUCUCGGAUCAAUACUGUCUCAUCAGCUAAUAACCCUAAAAUAUUAGCUGAUGCAAAAGCUUUUCUCAGUGCAGCACUGACGAACAAAGCCACUUGUUUAGAAGGCCUAGAUUUUACUACUGGUCCGUUAAAAUCCACACUUAUUAACUCUCUCAGCAGUACUUACGAGCAUGUUAGUAAUUCUUUGUCAAUGCUCUCAAAAUACUCUAUUAAAAAACAAGGGAAUAGAAAUAGGCGGCGUCGGCUUUUGUCCACGCCGCCGAGGUGGCUGUGUGGGAAAGACAGGCGCAUAUUGCAGAGUGAUUAUGAGCCGAAUGAUGAGGUGGCAUUCACAGUGGCAGCUGAUGGAACUGGAAAUUUCAGUACUAUUACUGAAGCUAUUGAUUUUGCACCGAAUAACAGUGAUGACAGAAUUUUCAUUUAUGUUAAAGAAGGGGUUUAUGAAGAAAAUGUAGAGAUACCAAGUUGGAAGAGUAACAUUGUUCUUCUUGGAGAUGGGAGUGAUGUUACUGUGGUAACUGGUGAUAGAAAUGUUGUUGAUGGUUGGACUACUUUCAGAUCUGCCACUGUCGCUGUCUCUGGUGAAGGGUUCUUGGCUCGUGACAUUACUUUUGAGAACACAGCUGGACCAGAGAAGCACCAAGCAGUUGCCCUUCGAAUCAAUGCAGAUUUAGCGGCUAUCUAUAGAUGCACCAUAACUGGAUUCCAGGACACUUUAUACGCGCAUUCAUUUCGACAAUUUUACAGAGAAUGUGACAUCUACGGGACUGUAGAUUACAUUUUCGGAAAUGCAGCAGUUGUUUUCCAAGGAUGUAACAUCGUGUCAAGAAUGCCAAUGCCAGGCCAAUUCACAGUCAUUACAGCUCAAUCGCGCGACUCCCCUGAGGAGUAUACUGGUAUCUCGAUACAAAAUUGUUCUAUUUUAGCUACAGAGGAUUUAUACUCUAAUUCUAGUAGUAUCAAUAGUUACUUAGGAAGACCGUGGAGAAAUUAUUCACGAACAGUAUACCUUGAGUCGUACAUAGACGGUUUUAUUGAACCUGAAGGGUGGAAAGAAUGGUCAGGAAAUCAAAGUUUGAAUACAUUGUACUAUGGUGAGUUUGAUAAUACUGGUCCUGCAUCUGUGACUGAUAAUAGAGUUACAUGGUUAGGUUAUCACAUAAUGGAUUAUUAUGAUGCUUCUAAUUUUACUGUUUCAGAGUUUAUUACUGGAGAAGAAUGGUUGGAUUCUACUUCUUUUCCUUAUGAUGAUGGAGUAUAGGAUAUGUUGUCUCAAUAAACUGUAAAGUUUGUAAUAGAGCUCUCAAAUUUCAAUUUAUUGAUGAGCUGCAAAAGCAGCAUUGUAACAGGCUAAAUGUUAUUAAUGAAUGGAAGUUACAUGUGGA